UUUCAUCAGUAUGUUUUUGAAGCUCAUCUGGCCUGCAUUCGCGAAAUUUUUCGGAGGCUGAUUAUUUUUUAUCGCCCCCAAGCUGAUGUCAUGAGUGUUUACAUUUAUCUAUUGACAAUUGUAGUAGUGCUAGUGGGUUAUAUAGUAUUGAAAUGGCGUCGUACCCUGAAGUACUGGCAGAAUCUGGGCAUUCCCUGCGAGGAGUCCCACAUCCUGAUGGGAAGUCUGACGGGUGUGCAAACUAGUCGAACAUUCUGUGACGUUUGGUUGGAGUACUACAAUAAGUUUCGUGGUACUGGCCCUUUCGCGGGUUUCUAUUGGUUCCAAAGACCUGGCAUACUUGUUCUGGAUACCUCGCUGGCAAAGCUCAUCUUGAUUAAGGAGUUCACCAAGUUCACAGACCGUGGGUUCUAUCACAAUACGGAGGACGAUCCCUUGUCGGGACAACUGUUCUUGUUAGACGGUCAAAAGUGGAAAUCUAUGAGAAACAAGCUAUCCUCUACAUUUACAUCUGGAAAAAUGAAAUAUAUGUUUCCCACCGUUGUGAAGGUGGGACAUGAGUUCAUCGAAGUGUUUGGCCAGACAAUGGAAAAGUCGCCCAUCGUUGAGGUUAAGGACAUUCUGGCCCGAUUCAGUACAGAUGUGAUUGGCACCUGCGCAUUUGGUAUAGAGUGCAGUAGUCUUAAGGAUCCGGAGGCCGAAUUUCGGGUGAUGGGUCGACGAGCCAUAUUCGAGAACCGCCACGGACCGAUUGGAAUUGCGUUUAUGAAUAGCUUUCAGAAUCUGGCCCGUAAGCUUCAUAUGAAAUUAACUAUAGAGGAAGCCGAACGAUUUUUCCUACGCAUCGUGAAAGGAACAGUGGAUUUCCGAGAGCAGAAUAAUGUCCGUCGCAACGACUUUAUGGAUCAGUUAAUCGAUUUGAAAAACAAUCCACAGACAAAGUCUGAGACUGGGGAAAGUGUAAAUCUCACGAUCGAGGAAAUAGCAGCUCAGGCGUUUGUCUUUUUCGGGGCUGGCUUUGAAACCUCAUCGACCACCAUGGGAUUCGCCCUGUAUGAACUAGCUCAGCAUCAGGACAUUCAGGAUCGGGUGAGGGAAGAGUGCCAGGAGAUUUUUGCCAAGUGCAACGGGGAGUUAACUUACGAAAGUAUGAAGGACAUGGUCUAUUUGGACCAGGUUAUAUCGGAAACCCUUCGCCUGUACACCGUUCUUCCUGUCUUGAAUCGCGAAUGCCUGGAGGACUUUGUGGUUCCUGAUAAUCCCAAAUAUGUAAUUAAAAAGGGAAUGCCCGUUUUGAUUCCUUGUGGAGCCAUGCACCGCGAUGAAAAGUUAUAUGCCAACCCAAAUACCUUUGACCCCGACAAUUUCACCCCCGAACGCGUCAAGGAACGCGAUUCCGUGGAGUGGCUUCCUUUUGGAGAAGGUCCAAGAAAUUGCAUCGGUAUGCGAUUUGGUCAGAUGCAGACUAGAAUUGGAUUGUCUUUCCUUCUCAAGGACUUCAAGUUCUCCGUAUGCGACCAGACUACAAUACCAAUGGUAUACAACAAAAAGACUUUCCUAAUAUCCAGUGAGACCGGUAUCUUCUUAAAAGCUGAACGAGUCUAAGAUUUAUUUUGUUAAAACUUUCAAC